AUGGAAAUAAGCUCACAAAGAUCCCAAACAGCUAGCCAUAUUGUAGACCAGAUAAAAAGCCAAGGAUUAUUUGACAAAAUUAGAAAGCAAUGUCUUGAAGAUGUUGACGUAAACUUAGACUACCAAGUUCUCCAAAAGAAGGUGAAUUCUUUUGUUUCAUCAUUUCUCCAAAAUCAGUCAUGGAAUCCUGGAGUUGAGAAGUUAAAGUUAAGGGAACAGCUACGGACUAAACUCUUAAGUACCAAAAUGUUGUCUUGUGGAGUUGACAAACUCGUUAAUCAGGCACUUAAUGCUAAAAUGCCUAAAAAUUUCAAGAAUCAAGUUCAGAAUAUUGUUUGCGAUUACUUUGACUUAAACCCCGAGUCAAUAUUAGCUAGUAGCCUAGGUAACCAAAAUUGUGCUGAAAUAAGACCUGCAAUAUACCCUGAAAAUCCAACAGGACCAUAUCCUUCCGAUUCGUAUGACCGAGCUUAUGGUUCUGUAAUGAGUAAUCCUGUGACCAUACCCACACCUCAAGGCAUUCAACCACCGUUUCCAUAUCCCUACCCCCCAGUUCCUGUUCAGCAUUCAGUUAUUCAGGCGAGUGUUCCAUGUCCAAUCACUGCUUAUGUGGGACCAAGUGCAAAUUAUUUGAUUCCACCGCCGCCUCCUCCUCCAAGUGUCUUUUGUCAGCCACUUGUCCAUUUUAACAACCAGUCAUCAGUUCCACCACAAAACUUCCAAACUCCAGCGAAUAACACUGUUUCUCCUUCAGCUACUCAUUCGGAUAUAGAACACGUUAGAACACAACCCCUAGAAGUUACAGUAGAAGAAUCAGUACCAUGCGAUGAUCCUAUGGAUAUAGAAUCUUUAAGUCCUAAUAGUCCUGCUGAUGAAUCUACUGCAUCAUUGUUACAUGAAAAUUCGGAAUUCUGCGGAGAACGUCAUUCAUCUAAAGUCAGCGAAAAAAGUUCAUACCGACAACCUAACAAGAUUGCUUGGCAUGAUGUCCAUUUACUGUUGGAUGAUGUUUCUGAAGAUGAAGAAAAAGAUGUGAUUUCGAAGUCACCAACCUCUCUUGGAAACUCCAUUCCAUAUUCAGACCAUUCCUCAGUUCCAAGGUCACCACAUACAAUUUCUCAGUCCUAUGAUCGGAACCUAUCAGUUCAGAGUACUUUCUCCCGUAAUAUUCAUAAUGCAGAUGAUUGCAUACGCUCUACCUCACCUAUCGCUUACGAUGAACGCAAACAUCGAAAUAAAUACAUGACAUCUACUUUAGAAUAUAAUCCAGAAAAUUAUGUUUCGAACUUUAAAACUGAAAGUGCAAAAUUAUGUUAUGAACAAAAGUCUGAUUCUAACGAUUCAUACUCAACAAAUACAUCUACGAAUCGUACGAAUCAUAAUCACUCUAAGUACUCAAGGUCGUCCACUUCACCCUUCUCUACUAGUCAGUUAUGCGAUGCGAAUGACUGGUGUACAAAAUCUACUGGGAUGAGCUCGCGAAUCGAAAUAUAUCACAGUAGUCAAUCAAUAAGAAGAUCCCAAUCUUCGAUUAAAAAUCAACCAGUAUAUAGCCCAACGAGCCACUUUGAGCGUCAUCUCUCAGACACGUUUAGACAAUCACAUUACACGAAAAGUCCGGAUAUUUUUAUGGAUCGUCGUUUAAAAUCAGAUUAUCCAUCGAGCAGUUCUCUGUCCAAUCAGUUCCGUUCAUCACCAGAUUCUAUGGUUCAGACGAAGAUGCGAAGUAACAAAAGUUAUCCUAACAUUACAUCAUCCUGUGAAUGGGCAAGAAAUGAAUCACGUUCCCCUGAAGAACAUUCUAGUAGAUCAUCCUCAAUGUUCUCACAAGGUAACUGCUCAUUGUCGUCAGUUUUAGAACGUGUGACACCAGAACCAACACCAACUUCCCAAUACCCCAGUUCAUCCACCUAUAAGACUUUCGAAACAGAAACAGUAAAUGCAUAUUCUCCUGACUUCGCUUCUGAUCGGUUAACUCGGAAACGCGAAAUCGAGGCCAGAUUGAAAGAGAUUGAGUCAACUGAGCGGAAGCUGCUGAACUGGAAAAAAAUGCAGAGUUACGGGAAAGAAGCACGAUCGUUCACAAACCGUGAUGAUGUGGAAUAUGGACCAGAUUAUAAGAAACUCCCGAAGAAAUAUACGAAGUGA